UGUCUCCCAGACCCGUCCCUUCCUGCUGGGAGACGGGAGCUGCCCCGCAGCGGCUGCCGGUGGAUCUCCGGAGCUCUCACCGCUCCCCUGUGCAAUCCGAACGGCUGAAAACCAAGGGAGAACAAGGCGCAAAGCCUCGGGGAACUUGCUAUGAGUCUGAGAACAAACUGUGACUGACAUCUCCAGCAACCGGCAGCAGCCCGCCCUCGGACACACUCACAGCCAAUCAGAGACCACCGCUGGGAGACUCUGGCCUCCAUUGGCUGAGGACUGUCAGUGGGCGGACCGAAGUUUGGAACCGGGAACGAGUGGACCCGGUGAGAGACCCGAGAUUGGGAGCAGCUCCCCGGGUAAAGGCUGCAACAGCGGCCGGAGUUUUGAACCCUUCCGAUGGUGGAGGUGAAGAUUCGGGCGGAGAUUCCGUGAGAUGUUUCAGCCACACAGGGGGAGCCCGGUCUUUCCCCGCCGUGGAUCGGGGUCUGUUGUCCGCAGUUUCCUCCCGGUCCUGUCUCCAGCUGCUGGGAUACGGGAGCUGGCCCGCAGCGGCUGCCGAUGGAGCUCCGGUGUGUGAGCGCUCCCCUGUGCAAAAGGACAGGCUGAAGGCCCAGGGAGAACCAGGCGCAAAGAACGUAUGGACCGAGCAUUUGUCUGAAAGUUAAAUGUUUAAACAUCAUGAAAACAGCACGGCAUCAACAAAACACCAGCUGUGCAGCAGCAAAGGCUGUCUGUAUGGGAACAUUUCAGUUACUGCGCAGCUCGGAAUAAUAUGGGACAGAGAAUAAUACUAAUGGAAGGAAUCAGACUGAGCUAAGUCACAGAUUGAAAUUCCCAUUCUCACACAGACAGGAAAUCUGUCGGGGAAUUAGAUGGACAGACCAGUUGCCGGCAUCAUGAGCAGUUAGAAGGUUAGAAAAGACAAAAAUUGUGUGCGGGAAUUUUAAACAGAACAACAUGUCAGUUUGCUGUCUCUGCCCAGAUAUUUAAGGAGUUACUAGAUAUUUAACAAUGUAUCACUGUUGAUCCUUGGAGAUGAAGAAUUUUGUCAUCACAGCUGGAAAAGUGCUUUGUGUCUGAAAUGAAGUUUUCUGUUGUAACUCACUGAAAUCCACUGGAACCGGGGAGCUGAGAACACACCAGCAUUUGUUCACUGGAGAUCAGUUCUUCAACUACAUUGAUUGUGCAAGGGGUUUACUACAUCUGAUAUUUGACUUAUGAAUUGACAAAGAACUGUGGGAAGGGAUUCACUCUUCACUCACUCAUCUCACCUGCAUGCACAACAGCGAGUUCACACUGAUAAGAUGUCGUUCACCUGCGCUGAUUGUGGGAAGGGAUUCCCUCGGUCAUCCUGCCUACUGACACACCAGCGAGUUCACACUGGUGAGAAGCCGUUCACCUGCUCAGACUGUGGGAAGGGAUUCACUCAGUCAUCGCAACUGCGGAGACACCAGUCACUUCACACUGGGGAGAAGCCAUUCGCCUGCUCAGACUGUGGGAAGGGAUUCACUUGGUCAUCUGAACUGAAGAUACAUCAGCGAACUCACACUGGGGAGAGGCCAUUCACCUGUUCAGACUGUGGGAAAGGGUUUAUUCGGUCAUCUCAACUGAAGGUACAUCAGCGAACUCACACUGGGGAGAGACCGUUCACCUGCUCAGUCUGUGGGAAAGGAUUCACUCAGUCUUCUGUACUGAAGGAACAUCAGCGAAUUCACACCGCAGAGAGGCCAUUCACCUGCUCAGACUGUGGGAAAGGAUUCACUCAUUCAUCUGUACUGAAGGUGCAUCAGAGAAUUCACACUGGGGAGAGGCCGUUCACCUGCUCAGACUGUGGGAAGAAAUUCACUGACUCAUCCAGACUACAGGCUCACCAGCGAGUUCAUACUGGAGAGAGGCCGUUCACCUGUUCAGACUGUGGGAAGGCAUUUACUCGGUCAUCUCAAGUGAUGGUACAUCAGCGGAUUCACACUGGGGAGAGGCCAUUUUCCUGCUCUGAAUGUGGGAAGAGAUUUAUUCAUUUAUCUGACCUGCAGGUGCACCAGCGAGUCCACACUGGAGAGAGGCCGUUCACCUGCUCAGACUGUGGGAAGGCAUUUACUCGGUCAGUUGAACUGAAGACACAUCAGCGAAUUCACACUGGGGAGAGGCUGUUUACCUGCUCAGACUGUGGAAGGGGAUUUACUCAGUCAUCUCAACUGAUGAUACAUCAGCGUAUUCACACUGGGGAGAGACCGUACGCCUGUUCUGAUUGUGGAAAGAGAUUCAGUCAGUCAUCCGACUUACAGACACACCGACGAGUCCACACUGGAGAGAGGCCAUUUUCCUGCUCCCAAUGUGGGAAGAGAUUCUCUCAGUCAUCCCACCUUGUGACGCACUACCGAGUUCACACUGGGGAAACUGUUUAAACAGGCGACAGGCUACAGGCUGGAUAUUUCACCAUCACAGUUGCUGAAUCAAGUUCAAAAGUGACUGUUGGUGCCGAACUCGGCAAUUACUGCUGCUGUUUAACAAACCCAGUUCUGCACUCUGGUCACUGGGCGUGGGAGAUAUUCCUCGGCUAAUGUUCCCGUUUAAUGGGACUGGAGUUUAAUGGUUUGGAUCUGUGACGCAGAAAUCAGUUCUAAUUUAAAUCCUGUCCACACCUACAGAAUCUCCUUUCUCUCCCCAGAAUAUCAUCUCCUAUAGCUGCCACAAGGCCUAAAUUUACACUUCCCUAUUAAGCUUCAGAGUGGGCAGUGCUGCCGGCCUUUCUGUUGCUUCCAUGCCCCAACGGAUCAACUCCCCACCCACCCCGCAGUAUCCAACAAGGUGUUCUGCUGAGGAGAAUGCCCACAGGACAGCCCUGCACUGUCUUCCUAAUGACCCUUACCUCUGCUGGUGGUCACGCUUCUCCUGUCCGAAGCUUGUACUCUGGGUGUGGCCAUCUCUUCAGAUGUUUCAUUGAUAGUAUCUUCAGGCUCCCGAAUGAUCCUGAGUACAUCCAGCUCCCUGAACCAGUCAGUCCGGCGCUGUGAUUGGGUGCACUUCCUGUAAAUAGUCAUCUGAAAACUGUCGGAUGUCCAGAGUUCCCACAUCUGACUGGAGGAGCAUCCCAUCCUGACUGCUCUGCACCAAAAUACACCACUGUCUGAAUGAAUUAACAUAUGCAAGAAAACAUCGAACGUGAAUGGGUCAAUGACAGUGGAAGUUGAGUGAUCAAUUGUCUGUGUUUUUGUCAUGAGGUCGAAGGAAUAGAGGCUGCCAUUUUGUGAAGCUGCUCUGUAACCCCCAUUUUGUGAACUGAUUGCUAUGGGAUAACCUGAUCAGAUCAACUUUACACAAGAAGUUACUGGUAUUCCCAUUGUAAGCCUGAAAUCACUCUCACAUAAUCUGUGCAUUAUGUAAACUGUCAGGUUUGCAGAAGCAAUCUCGUUAUCUCUGAACCUGAAGUCACUCUGAGAUAAGGUGUGUAUUACGUACAGUGGCAGUUCUGCAGAAGGAAUCUCGAUAUUUCUGCUGAGAGUCUGAGCGACACAGUUUGUCUGUUUGAAACCAUAGUGGAGGAGAACAAAAUAAAUUACCUUUGGCAUGAUGUUGUUUAGCCCUUGGACUACAUCCAAUGGAAAUCUGUUAGUCAUCAGCCUGAUGGACCUCAGCCAACAAGAAUGAGAUGCGUCCUCUGAACUGAUAAGAGUUGUUUCAAAUGUUUCAAAUCAUGCUUGUUUCAAAACAAGUAAAGAGUUUCAAAUGCAAAGGUGUGAUAACUCCUGAGACUAACUAUCACAAGGAAGAACCCCCAAGGAAGGGGCUGGAGGAGAAAUGAUCGAUCAUUUGGAUACAAUGGGAUCCCCUGUUGCAAUGUUGUGAAUUUGAGAAGUGGUCAGGGUGUGUAUUAGUACAGAGGGAGCAGUGGAAUUCAUGUUUUAAGUUGUUAGCCUGGGGUCAACGUAGUUAUUUUGUUGUUUGUGUAGGAAAAAUAAAAUGCGAGCUGAGAUUGAUUACGAGUUGCCUGGUGAGUUUCCAAACUGAUCUCAGUUGAUGAACGGUGAACAUAUUUUCGCGCCCUGGGUGAACUCGAAAAGAAAGAAAAGUGGUCUGGGACCCUGGUGACGAGUUGAACCACACAGUAGGUUAGGAUAUUAAAAUGUGAAAGGGAAAGGACAGGCAGAACCCAAGGAUUCAGAGGAUUUCAGAGAUUACUUUCAUGGUUAAUUAUGAAGGAACUGGUCAGAUUAUGAGGAGUGGUUAGAAAAGUUUGACAGCCAAGGGUCCGGGACUGUGGAGGAAGAAUUGUGAAAAGUAGUUAGUGAAAAUAAAUUAAAGAAAUUACAGGGGAUUAAAAAUAUUGUAAUGUGAUGUUUGUUGGAUGAUCCAAUUGAAGUGAAGGGAGAAAAAACUGAAACUGGCGGAGGAAUUGUGUAAGUGUAGGGAAGAGUUAGAAAUUCUGACGGAGCAGCAUCAGGUGAAUUUGAUCCACGUAAGUCAGUUUCAGGCUCAGUGUGAAGCGUUAACAAGAGAAAAUGAGAAAACUGAAGAGGAGUAUAAACAGGCGGAUACAGAAUUAGAGAAAGGAAAAGUCAGGGUCGGGAUUUACGGCUGUUGUGAAUGUCAUGAAGAAAUCGGCAGAUGAGAGGAAAGGCUGCGCUGAUCGCAAGUGUUUAAAGCAGAUGGAAAAUCUGCAAAGUGAACUCUCAGCUCGGAGAGGAGUGAUAUCUGCGAGGACUGACGAUGAUGGUGAUGCAGAUUGGGGUGAUUUAACGUAUGAAGAGACGCUGAUGAGGUAAUCGUAGCCUUUGACCUGGGUCAGAUAUGAUCAGGUAGUGUCCAAAUUUCAUAGAGUGUUUCAACCCUUAACCUCUACACUGUCCAGCUGGUGGAUCAGAAGUCAGGGCCAAGUCACUGCCCAUAUAACCAUAUAACAAUCACAGCACGGAAACAGGCCAUCUUGGCCCUCCUAGUCCGUGCCGAACCCUUAAUCUCACCUAGUCCCACCUACCCGCACUCAGCCCAUAACCCUCCACUCCUUUCCUGUCCAUUCCUCCCAUCUGUUCCUGACCUCGAGCUCAACCCCUCUCUCCAGCUCCGUACCCAGUAUGGGGCUCUUUCUGCUCCCUCCCCCAUCCUGCUUCCUUGUUGUUCUUUUCAUCAAGGCCCAGCACAGACAGUAGCCUCCAUGCUGGCCGUAACGGGAACCCACUACAGUCGAUCUCCAUGAGGAACAGCCACGUCCGCCAUCCUUUGUCCCUGCACUCCGGGACUAACAGUGUCAAAGCCAGGAUUACUGGGGAAGUGGCCCGCCUCCCAGCAGGUUUUUCCGAGAGUGGGUGGAACCUUCAACACCCAUUGCCCCAAUGGUACCUGUAGUAAUGGAGGGACUGCAGGACACACUAGAGCCGGGGGUGUGGGGCUUGUGUGACACGGUAUUCUGACCCUUUGACGUGGCCCAAUUGAGUGCUGGAGUGGUGAAUGAGAUGAUUCUCGGAAACUUUCCCAGUGCAUCCAGCAGACAGGAUAACUCACGGUUUAUAUGAAACGGAGGAAGGGAAGCUAACCCUUCUCUGUCUAACUUUAGCUUUCCCUUCAGCCCUGCCGGAGGAACAGGCACCCUCCCAGGGGACAUGGGGUGAUGUUCAGAAGGCACCAUUAGAAGCUGCUGGACUAAUAGAGGUGACAGUGAGGUUUUGCAUAACUGCAGCCGGUGGAAAGGUAAGGAAACUUCUGUAUUUGUGACAAGGUUGUGGCCAGUUUUCUAGAGUGUCUUGGGUCCUACUUUGGAUACGCAGAAUUUGACGCCGUGACAGAGUAGGAACUGGCCGAGAAACUUGGUAUCGCGCAGUACCGAGGAAAGCAGAAGGGUGUGUGAAAUGAUUGAUCCAUUAAAAUCCCACACAUGGUGAAGCAUGGGCUCUCAGAAGGAUGAUGCGAAUGAGGGAAAGGGAGUGAGGGAGAAAGGUACUGAGGAGGAUAAGGGGAAACAGGGUUCGAAAACGACCCGAUAACAGAACAAAGUUUGCAGUGGCAGAAUGAAGGGAGAAGGGGGUGGGGGUGGCCGAUCAGGAUGAGCUCAACAACGCCACCUAAUGGCUGGGUAGUCAACGACGUGGUUGGAAUAUCUACGUUCGCCCUGUUAUGAAUACUGGAUCCACAAAGAAGUGAUGCAAUUCUGGACAUGAAGUUUAUUUUGACAUUGAUUGCCCACAACCCAGGUGGGUUGGGACUUGUCAGCAUGUAACGAUGGUCUAUUGCCCCAAGAAGGUCAACUGUGUUACCUAUAAUAUAAUGCCCAUGGUGCUGAUGAAAAGCCAUGACUUGAAUCCAGAGUUACCCAGGGGGUCUCCAAGUUACAUGUGCGUUCACCACAUGGUUGGAUGGUGCAGCUGGACCCCUUGCUGAAACUAAAGUAGGAAUCCGCCCCAUAAAAUUUCUUGUAGAUGAUAAUAAGGUAGAUGGCGUUGUGGAAAGCUUGCUUCAAAGCUUGCGGAGAGAUUUCGGUCAGUUAGAAGAGUGGGCUGAACGAUGGCAGAUGGAGUUUAAUGCUGAUAAGUGUGAGAUCCUAUAUUUGGGUAGGAAUAAUCCAAAUAGGACAUAAAUGAUAAAUGGCAGGACAUUGAGGAAUGCAGUAGAACCAAGGAAUAAUGGUGCAUA